AUGCUCAACCACUUGCUUCUAAUUGCCUGCAUAUGCAUAGUCAUUGCACUUAUACUCUAUCUGUUCUACUGGAACCGCUUGCUUGCAGGGAUCAUCGGCCUGGUACUUCGAAUCCUCUACUGGAACCAAGGGGGAGCCAGUAUCUGGGUAGAAAUUGGAUCCAUCCACUUUUCGUUGAUCACGGGUCGAAUUCUGCUCAAGGAUGUCAACUACCACUCGAGCAACCAGACUAUCAAGAUAGUCAAAGGCCAAAUUGAAUGGCGGUACUGGAUUCGGAAACCCAUGCUGGAGCAGGAUAUCGCGACUGGCCUCGGGAUGGAGGAUCACAAGCAUAACCACCGGUCGCAAUACUGUCGCGUGCAGAUGAAGUUCCAGGGCUUUCAGUGGUAUAUAUACAACCGGACAGCUUCUUACGACAGCAUCGUUGAGCAGCUAAUGCAGGACAUGCCGCGGCGAACACCAUCUUACGGAACUGAGGCGCGAAGGUCUAUGAGCAAAGGCUCGGUCAUCCCUUCCUUUAAGGCCCCUCCAGUCGUGAGGAGACUGGUGAACUGGUUCAACCGACAACUCCCAAAUCUCGAUCCGAAGGACCUGCUUCCUCUUGGAAUCGACGUCACGAAAGGUAUUAUCAUUAUCGGCAAUAAGUCGACUCCCAACCUCCUGCUGGCUGAAUUUGAGCAUACUGGAGGCAUAUUUGGGGUGGUGCAGUCACGGUCGAAACAUGAUCUAUACAAGCAAGUGCUGGACCUGAAGUUCCAGGGCGCGUUGGUGAGGUAUAUGGAGAACGAUGACUAUGUUGGUUCUAUGGUUGAUUCGGGCACUUCUCUACAUGAACGAACGAAACAGUACUCGAAGUACAACGGCGACCCGCAUUGGUACGCGACCUAUCACGCGUUUUCUAAGCUCUUGCGGCAGCUGCGACUCGGAAAGUCUCUGCCAACCCCCAACAAGAAACACGAAGACGAUGUCCAAGCCUCGCGCAGCAAAGCCAAGAAGAGCUCCGAUCACCCUCCCGUUCUCGAUCCAAAUGCCGAGUAUGCAAUUGAACGCAGGAUUCUUGAGGCACCGGUGCUAGAACUGUCGUAUUACGCUGAUGUCGUUGGUGAGGUGCCUCCAUUAUCCGAGCGAGUGGAACCGGUUAGCGUGGAAUCUAUCGACAUUGGUAACGGUGGCUUGUCGCCGCAAUGGGGCAUCGAUAUUAUCGUGAGGAAUGGCUUCAUUCGUUACGGGGCGUGGGCUGAUCGCCAAAGAGCAGAACUUCAGAGAGCCUUCUUCCCGUCACCAUACCAUGAUGUACUCCCUUCUCGCCCUUUGCACCCCGGUGAUCAGAGGGUAUGGACGAAUAUGCGUAUAUUCAUAGAGCUGGUGGACGAAACCACGCUACAUAUACCCUUUCGUGAACCAUCGAAGAACUGGCAGUGGGAUGGCCUAGGCGAUAUGUACGAACGUCGGCGCUCAAGGGAGCCUGCUUCACUGCACCUCGUAGUAGGUGAUCGCUCUUCCAUUAACUACACGCUGCCCAUGGUCGUCGCCGCGGAUGGCUACAACCCCCUGCUUGAGGUCCAUCUCGACACCGUCGAAAUCUCCUCAAGUCUCAACGACAUCCGGUUGGUCACGGCCGAGUCGUGUCGCAUCCAUGGCGAGAUGCCGGCGCCGCUGAAGUGGGACUCUGAACGCAAGUGGUCCUUCGGCGUGACGCUGCGCCAGUCUGUAUUAUACCUCCUGCGAGACCACAUCAACAUGAUAACGGAUCUUGUGAGGGACUGGACAUCAGGUCCCCCGCACGACUACCAUCGCUUUGUGCCUAUGAUAUAUCAACUAAAGUUUGAGCUCCACCAUUUUGCGCUCAAUAUGUAUGCGAACGACCAUAAUAUUAUCGACAAGCCAUUAAUUAGAGAUGAAAAUGCCCUCCUUACGCUCAAAGGCACCCAUUGGAACACCGAGGUGACAGUGCCUUCCAACAAGUUCAGGCCCGAUACUACCUGCAUUCCCAUUAUAUCCGAAGCACCGAACGUAUCGAUCAAUUUAUCACUCCCGAAGUGGAACACGAACGCCCUCGAUGCGCCGAAAGAGGGCAACAACAUUGGGCAUGUGGGGCUCUUUCAACUCGAUGCGUCCUAUCGCUACUACGCAGAGGUGAAGGAGGGGCAUGUGGAACAACUACAGCUAGACCUGAAGGUCCGUGAGUUUGCGUUCAAGUCGCUUGGCUGGGCCAUUAGAUAUUUCAUGGUCUUAAGGGAGAACUACUUGGGGUCGUUUACUCAUUUCUCCACUCUUGGCGAGUAUCUCGACAGACGCAGACGGGGGAUCCCAGCGGGCGACCCGAUAGAAGCGAAGUACCGCCCCGGUCAAUCAAAUCCCUUGCAAGUGGAGCUCAUGAUCACCGCGGAGGACUCGAUCAUGGUGAUCCCUUCGGGGCUCCCAGGGUAUGAAAGAUCGGGUUCUCUGGAGAGCCAGGGUAUAGGCAUUGGCGCGUGCGCUGUCUUGGUUAUGCCCCAGUUGCAGCUCCAACUGAGGGUCACUGAGUUCUACAUGGAGAUGUCCCUCAAUAUCGACAUUGUCGCAUGCCAUAUUAAAUCAGAUUUCCCCGAGCUGGUGACGAGGAAGGCGUUCAAACGCCCGAAAAGAGACCCACUUCUCAUUGAUGCGAUAGGGCUCCACAUCGUGGCCAACCGACUCUUCGGGCCACAACCUCGUACAACAACGUACCUGUGUAUAUGGGAGAUACAAGUGGGUCAGGUCAAAGGCAUCCUCUCGGCAUGGGAGGGAGAGACACUUGCUGUAGCCGGGCGCUCUUUCGGCCUGAACUACGUUGACUCAGCGAACGCUCCCGCCGCUGAGUACAUGCCGCCGUUGGAUCCUGACAUAACGGUCCUCAAAUUUACGCUCAGCUCGCUGGAUUUAACCUGGUUGGCUUCACCUGCAGCCCUGGUGGUUUCUCUUCCUAAGGGACUCCAGAUCGAUAGCAAUGACAAGCCCGGCCUCUUCCACAAAAGAGUCACAAGCAUCAGGCUCCCGAUUGUCUCGGCGAAUCUUCUUCAUACUACCCCGUCUUCGCGUAAAGCGUGGCUGGAGACCGCUAGUUUCUCUACAGAUCUGAACCUUGAUAUUUACGCUGCUCCGUAUGGCUGGCAGGCUAAGGCCCGUGCGCAGAAUGACUUUGUGGCGAAGCAAGAUAGCUUGACUGGUCGCGCUGCCCGAAUGCUGGCCCAAUAUCAGCGAACAGCCUGUUUGCAUCGAGACGGCAUCUACUUGCCGCAACCUAGGCUGUCUACAGUGUCAGCUCCUCCGAUACAGAAACAUCCAAGCGUCGUUAGCCACGCGCCUAUGCGCCCGAUGUCCGGCCCACGACGAUGGUCUCAAUUAUCCCAUCUUUCGGAAUCGGAGGGCGAGGAAGGUGUCUCAGAAGCAGAUCGCGAUGCUCGCUUAGCUAAAACGCGAACGGCCACGCCCGUGGUUCUGCCACCUCUGCAGGAUGAGGAUCCCAAUAUGAGUAGUGGUGACGAAUCUGACGACGAAGAUUUGACGGCGGACUCGUCGGAUAGUGACUGGUCCGACGACACGUACUCGGGCGCAGAGAGUCGUAGCCCGCUGAAGACUUAUGCGCCAUUCGUGAGGCACUAUGGAUCACGGUUCCUCGGUUUUCCUGACCUAUGGAAUGGCAGUCCUUUCUUCCUCCUCCGAGACUCAGGCUUUGUCCCUGAACUAUCACCUUCAGACCCUGGAAUGCGGAAGCAAACCCCUGAACACGGCGACGAAGGCCAGUUCCGCUCUUGCGAUACUACAACAUUCCGGUUUGAGUGCGAUAAGGGUAUCAAGAUCUGCUUAACCCCGCUAGUUUUACAGACGCUCACAAGUUUAGCGCACCAACUAGAAGCCAAACCCCCGAGUCCUGAGUUGAACAUUGACACGAUCGUUGCUGAUCGCAUGGGGAGCAUCCCCCGUGUUGCGCGCCGUGAACAAAACACGGUCGUGGACGGCUGGAUUCCUACGAUACACAUUAACCUUUUGCAGCACGUGACCCUCUUACAUGACGAGUCCACGAUGAUGUCUUUGGACUUCAUUUGUGGGGGCUGCUAUAUAUCGGGAUUUGGAACCUCUGAUAGGCCAAUAUUUGAUUUAUCGACACAAUCUCUGGGUUUCUCUGUCGCACCCGCUGUACGAAAGAAGAGGUCCGCCGGCGGAAACGAUAGUGGCAUCUCGCUCAAAUGCAUUGGGCUCUCCGUUGGCUUUUCGGACAACCAGGUCGAUGCACUCUGGGACGAUUUCAAGACAGAAAUAACGCACAACGGUCCCGAAUAUAUACUGUCAACUGUCAAGGCCCUGCAAAAUGCCACGAAAGUUGCACCGUCCAUAUUUUCCAGGCGUUCGAAUCAUCGCUCUCUGAUGACCCAGAAGAUGGUACAUGACAUUAUUCAAUUCUCUGCUGGGAAGCCUAUGGUGGACUCGCUUUCCACAACCCAGCCAUCCUAUCUGGUCCAAAGCGGGGUCGCUAGUGAACUACGCAACGAUAUCACCAUCCGGUUUCUGUACCAUCUACGUAGCUGCCUCAACCUGAUCAGCAGCAACGAACGACAAGGAUUCCUUUCUCUUCGAGGUAGCACUCAGAGCCUGAGCAUGCGGGACACGCUAUCAAUACUAGAGGCUCGUCUCAAAGACCUCGCUCUUGACAUGGACCACUCGAUGUUCUCUCAUUUCACAACCCUCGAAGAAACACUCUUUCCCAACCGUAAACGACGCUAUUCCCCAAUCCCGAAAUACGGCGUUACAGCUGCCUCUAUCAACGCCAAAAAGACCACUUGUCUCAUCCUAGAUCACAACGGCCAAUCUGCCAGCGAACUCUCGAUUACUUCCAUGUCUGUCGCCACCGAUUUCCGCUACUGUGCUUUCGCACCGACUGCGAAGCCUGACUCACAGGGUUCCCCUGUGGGCGACGAUAUGAUGCGGAAGAUAUCAAUCCUGACCUCGGUCGAGGAUAUCUCCGUGAUCGUUAUGCCGCAUCUAUUGGUGUUCGCCCAGCAUACCUUGCGAGUCCAAUCCUACCAUGCAAAACCUCCGAGCCCUACGAUAAACUCAAGAUCCGCGUCUAAUGCCCAGUCCACUACAGAGCCGACGACUUCGAUUUAUCUGUCACUUGUAUUGUCUCUGAACAACGUUAAGGUUCAAGCUGCCGCGCAAAAUCUCAUUUUUGAACUGGCUUUACGGGGCUAUGAAGUCACGGCGACCGCCCUUUCUGACGCCGAACGUCAAUCUGCGAACAUUUCAGUAAAGUUUCAAGAUACUAUUCUCGCGGCACGCUCGCCCUCGGUUUCUUCUCAAGGUCACGACCAAGACAGACUAGCCUCCUUCUCGUUCAACCGCGGUUCGCUCAGUUUCCUGCUCAACCUCGAUGCCAAGUCGACCUCCUCCCUGGCAGUAGCUUUUGUCGUCGGUGGUCUGAUUCUUCGAGUACCGAGGAGUGCAUUGAGACUGUACAGAUUUGUGGAAGAAUGGAGAGCCGAUUUCUUCCCUGGGAUAGAGGGAAUGGCUCAGGACCUACUUCGUGAGAUCAAGACUACGGCCCACAACCCCAAGCCAGCUCCUUCAGUGCGGAAACCUUUCAACUAUCGUAUUAAUGGCAAGGUUCCCUCCAUGAAGGUCGCUCUUCAAGUGAUGCACGGCAUGUGGCUUUCAUGGGAGGUCCAGGACUCUUUCGGGCACUUCAAAUCUUCAAGUAUCACGAAGCGAAGCCACAUCGCUUUCGGCAUUCAACUUCCAUCUCAGGUCUUCACCAUCUCAUCAAACUCUACAGACCUACUCAACACACUAACCAGAGUACAAGUCGUGAUCCCGCAAAUCACGCUGGCAGGCAAUCAUGAUGGCACUUCCAUCCAAGUCCUUGCUCUUGUUGAGGAAUUCCGUGCGAAAGUUAAGCCUUCGCACUGGGAUACCUUGCUUGCUGUUCAGCAGAAAUUCGGGCAGGACUUCAACGAGUUCCUGGCGCUUGUACAGAAGACACAAAGUCGGCGAACAUCUGCGAGGCCGUCAUCUUUUCCGUCACUGCCCAUGAAGUACGUCGUGGACCUCAAAAUGAAGGGAUUUAGAGUUGGUUUAGAAGGAAUCUCUUCUACUUUAUACCUUGAAUGCUCGGACAUAUAUGGGGGUCUUACCAAUGUUGAUGGUCUCGCAUGGAAAGUCGGUCUCUCUGAUUUGGCCCUCUCCUUAGCACCCAGAGCUGCACUCGAUCCACGUCAUACCACGCUCAGCCGAAACCACCGAUCAGCCUUCGUUAUAGUCGACGUAGCUAUCAGUGCCCUAAGCUCUCAUGACGCGAAGACCGUCAAGCCCAGUGAAGUACUCAAAGUAGAAGUCUCGAAGAUCCAUGCUGUGAUGCAACCGAGUUCCAUAGGGGAAGUAGGGGAUUUCAUUGAUCAUCUUCAGGCAGAGAUGCUUGAACGAAGGGAGCAGAGACAGCUUGAAGUUGCAGCCUUCAAAGAACGGACCAGGCAGUUAUUGCAAACAUUCGAAGCACCGGUAAAAGAGACUUCCGCUUCCUCCCCACCUUGGUUCAGCAAAUUCAACUUGGAUAUAUCCAUGCGUGACAUUGGUGUUGCUUUCCCUCUGACUCUUGAUCAAGAGUUAGAAAUGCCACAAUCUGGUCGUGGUUCAAACACUUUCAAGGCUUUCUUGCUUUCAAUCGAGUCUGUUAGAUUUGGCGCUCAACGUGGAGAGACGGGUCAAGCAGUUAUGAAAAACUUUUCGUUCCAGUUUGUUUCUAGGUUCAGACAAUCCGUGGCCGCAGAUUUUUCUGGCGAAAGCCAUCAAACUCGUAAUCGCCUUUUGUACCCUGAGAUGACUGCCCACAUCCGCUCUGAAACGUCAUUGUCGUCUCGCAAACUCUGGGUGUCAGCGACCGUGGACGGGUUCAUCCUUGAUUUAGAGUCCUCCAUUCCGGAAUAUGUUUUCUCUUUGAUCGACGUUUAUCGGCAAGGCAAAGAUCGAGUCGCACAAUUAUCCGCCAACCUCCCUCACCCAUCCUCAACGCCAGAGCCAGCCUCUCCGGACGUAGACACAGGACUGCAAACCCAAUACACUACUCUCCCGACAUCUAAUGUUUCGGGUUCGUUGACCUUCCUCAGCGGCACGAUUCGAAUUCACAGUGGUUCCCUCGCAACCUUCCCUCGAAGUCGAUCAUUCACCCAUCCAAACAUCGAGCUCCCUGACGAAGCCGAAACUGCUGAAAUUGUGCACUUGCCCGUCGUAUCCCUUUGGGCCGAAUAUCGAGCGACUCCGGCUAGUCACAAACUCAGCUCUGCUACUGAUUUUCAGCCGUCCAUUCUUAUCUUCAAAAGUACCAUACAUUCAAGUCAGAACACGUUGAAGCCGACCUUGCUGCCUUUCAUCGCUGACCUGACGAACCACGUUGAAACUCGCAUGAGGAAAGUCAGUGCCCUAGCCCCUCGUCCAGACCUCACCACCCAGCCAUCUCUUUCCAACGCCAUCCGUAGUAACGAACGCAUGACCGACCCAGUCUCGAGUAUGCAAAUCAGUUUCAGCCUGCGUAUCGACCAGUCGAAGCUGGAGCUGACAUGCCAACCCGACGUCAACGUCAUAGCUGGGCUACAUUGGGAGUCAGGUGGAUUUAUGAUCAGCAUUUCCCCUGGCGCACGCCAAGUUACAUUCAAUGGGUGCGUAAGUGGAUUGACCGUGGGUUUGAAGCAUGGCUUCCUCAGCGAAGAUUGCGUGAAGCUCGACGCUCAUAACUUGGCAUUCUCGGUGACCUUCUCUAAGAUGGAGGCAGACCAGGGGACGCCGAUGAACUCAAUUUCCAUGGUAUUGGACACAGAGUUCUCAGGCGGCAUACAUUUCUCGCGUCUGCAGGACGUAUUGUGUUUCAAGGCAGUAUGGUUAGAUCGGAUACCGAUUCUGAAAAGUGAAAGCGUCGCAGCAACGAAGGCGCCUCCUAAGCAAGUUGGGUCUACCCAAGAUUUUACGACCGCAGUCCUUCUUCGUGUCCGGCACAUAGUACUCGAUGUCGACCUUGGCCAUUCGAUUAGUGCUAUAACUCUAGAUCUAACCGAUUCUUGCCUUCGAACCAAAUUCACGGAAUCUCACCAUGAGGUCGCUAUUUCUGUUUCGAACUUCGCGCUAGUGGCCAAGGGCAAUAUCUCUGGCACGGCAAGUGUACCGAGAUGCGUGUUUCAAACUAUUCGACGCCGAAUGAAACCCGGGACUCACAACGCGGAGAACAACAGGAUGCUCGAACUGCGUAUGACCAGUGGUUCCCUUGUCGCGAGCUUGGAAUCAGAGCAUCAGCGACUGCUGCAUUACAGGGCCGAACCGUUGGACAUUGAAAUAUCAGACGAUUGGUCAAUGGUGCUUGCCGGCCCACAGGCGCAAGACCGGCCCCUGCUGCUCUCUUUCACUGUCAAUAGCGCCGAAAUAACUGCGGCGACAACAGUUGGCGCAAUCCCCAAGCUGAUAUCCUACGCCAAUAAAUUCAGAGCCAAUCUGCAAGCCCAACAAGACGGUGCUAGCCGAGAGUCGAAGACGUUCAGGACGACUCGCACCCCUAAGCCAGACAAUGCUUUGUCCGCUGUCGCGAACGCCAUGCUCAGUUCGGCUCGUGAGCGGUUCAAGGAAGAGACUGGGCUCUCCUACAUUAUCAAACAACACAUGAGUCUUCGCCUAGGGUUCCUCCGCCUUGUGGUUUUCCCCCGCACAAUGCGUGACUUAGAACUGGCUAGUUUCGUUGCGUAUGACGUGCACGCUAGGUUGGAUCGCCUCGUUGAAGCAGAGACCAUCCCUGCGACGAAGAACCUUCUCCUCUCCUUUUCCUCUAUGACCAUCUCGAGAUUCAACCAACUCACUACGAGCGCUUCGAUCGACGCAUCACAAUUGGAUUGUAAACAAUGGUUGGACGCGCUCCUGAAGGGUGCCAACGAGGCUACGAUUGUUGGCCUUCCAUCGAUGACUAUGCACAUGGUCAGCGAGGAGAAAGUUCCUGAGGACCCGUCCAGCACCGUCCGCAAAGUGAUCACGUACGACUUCGACAGUAAGUUCGUCCGACGAAUUGGAGUAAAGGACAUGGAGGACAUCUUCAUCACGCUCAACGUGGGACUUUAUUCGUGGCUCACGCUCUUGCGGAAGAACUUCACUCGGGAGAUGGACCAAGUACAGGCAGCAUCUGACUGGCGUACCACGACACCGAUAAAUUCCCCUCCUGUAAUCUCUGGCCGUCGAAAGGGUCCUGACUCCCUCCCAUUGUUAGAUUCACCGAGAUCUGCUACAAGUCCGCGGUCAACGCAGCCUCCUGUCUCCGCGACUCUUAUGAGCGCAGCCAGGCGGCUCACGGACGCUGAUGGACAACGGGCUGCAACUCUUGAUAUGUUCCCAACAUCGUCACAAACAGCAGGAGGAUCAAUGACGCCCGGAGCCAUUCCAUUCCCUCAGUCUGCAGGUGCCGCCCCUUCGGCUGAUGUACCAUCAAGUGCACCGCCCUUGAAGCUGUCAAGCAGUCUUGUCUAUCAAGCAAGGACCAGAAGCAUCCAGCGAUUGACUAUGCGUCAACUUGGCGAAGCAACACCCGAUGUCAUGCAUCCAUUCUUCAUGAAGAAGGCUGGCUUCAACCUCGAAGAUGCGCUACCGCAAUAUGUGAACGAGUAUGCUACGGCUCCAUUGGAAGAAAUCAUGGAGGUUUUGUUGAAAGUGUACAGCCGACAGCUUUUGGUCGAACAUCCUUCUUGA